GGCGACAUCCGCGAGCACACCCGCCGCCCACGCCAUGCCCACGACGCCGACAACAGCAAUAGCGGCAGCAUGCUGAGCCCCGGCGAGACGCAGAUCGACAACACUGCUUUAGAUGGCAUCAUCAGCCACAAUUCUCUAUUCACCGGCGCCGUCUUUGCGGGUCUCUCCGUAGGCCUCUCGAACGGUACCGGAAGCAGUAGCGGAGGUGGUCUCGUAUCUUCCGGGUGCACCGUGGGGGCUCAGGUGGCGAACAACCUGGUGUCGUACCACGUGUUCGCUUUCGCAUUGUUCCUGUUUUCUAGCCUGGUGGCGCUGGCGCUGAAGCAGGGAAUGCGCCAGGUGCACCAGCACGGCGCGCGCACAGCACGCAUCGACAGGACAAUGCUCCGUGCAGGGAUGGUGGCGUCCGCGCUGGGGUCCAUGAUCGGGUGCGGGUUCCUCAUGCUGGGCCUUGUCAACGUGGUACAGAGUAAGCUCGGCAGGAUCGGGUGCGGCCUCUCCGCUGCGGCAUCCUCCGGGGCCGUCGUGUCCCUCGUCACGCUGAUACCGACUGGGAUGGUCAUCUACACCAUCAUCGUGUUCCACGCAUUCACUCAUUCCAUGUAGUGUCUUGUUUUCUCACAGGUUCCCGUUGAUGUUAUGAAGCCUUUCUCGUUUCGCUAAGCUCUGAUACAUGAGUAACUUAAUUGGUUGCGAA